UUUAAAUCUGUUAGUGCCUGUUCCUUUGCUGUCGGCGAGCGGGAAAGCGGAUAACUCUAUAUUCACCAUGCCACCAGCAAAAAAGAAAAAUUCCAAACGAAAAAAUAAUACAGUUAAAAAUGAAAAGCUGGCAUCGUUUCUCAGGGACUUUGACAGUGAAGUCAAGUCAAUAAUGGAGCAGUUAAAAACAAAUGUCACAAACAAUCUGAAAGAAGUGGAUAGUCUGUACAACAUCGAAAUCCUCAAGCAACCAGUAGCUAUCAGAGAGAUGCGCUGGCUAGAUUACUUUGCCAAAGGUGGAAGUGAAAAGGCUUUAGAGGCAGCUGUAAUAGUGAAUUUAGACACUGAGGAAAUAAAUCAAAUCACAUCGUGUGUUUCUCAAACACCAUUCAAGUCCACCAAGAAAGUCAGAAAACGAAAGAAGGAUUCUGUUGAAGAUGCUGAAAAUAUUAUUCCAGAGAAAAGUGUUCUUAAAGCAAGAGCAACAGCCACAAAGAAUGUGCCUCUUACAAGAAAAACAAGAAACCCUGCUGCAAAUACAACCAUCUCUACUAAACGGACUAGUAAAAGAAGUCGAAUGACCCCAUCUACAAAAAAAUCAGAUACCUCGAUGUUCGGAUACACACCAGUGGUAACGCCCAGAUUUGACACCAGAAUUUUUAAAACAGCACUUCGUACACCAGGCACCCGAGAACCAGUUUACACUUUCUCAGCCAAUGGAAGCCCUCUUGCUGGUAUGGACGAGUUGUUCAUAAAUGUGCCUGUUGGCGAUGGAAAGAAUAUACGUUUAACUGCUGAAGAUGUAGAUAAUAUGGAUCUCCGCAGCCUUGAUCAACAGUCCUCUGAAAAUAUCAAGCUGCUCUCGAAACGACUGGAGAAAAUAUGCAAAAAUUUAAAAUGAAAGUGAAGCCAUUCCUAGUCUUUGGUUUACUCUUUUAUACAUCAGUUUGCUGUAUUUCUGUGCAGUAUGCCAGAUCAUUGGAUUUGUAAAUAUCAUCUACCUUUUUAGUUACUGUUCUGGCAUGACUGAAACAAAUAAAUGGUUUUACAUGCUUAAUUUUUUUUAUUUUUUUUUUUAAACCAAAAAGGAAAAAGUGCCCCAUUGAGAGGCAGUAGUUAUGUUGAGCACUGUAUAUCUUAACAUGUUUCCAUUUAGAAAAUGCACACAUACACAACUGAAAACCUUGUUUUAGUUCUAGCAUUUUUUUGUAUAUACAUAUCUAUGUAAAUAGAAACUAUACUUUUGAUCACCAAACACAAUAAAAAUAUUGUUUGAUGGUG